AUGUCUGUUUCCAGACUUGCUGGAAUCCUCCUCGGCUCGGCCGCCCUUGUUGCCGGCCAUGGCUACGUGACUGGUGCUGUGGUGGACGGCACAUACUAUGGCGGAUAUCUCAUCGACCUGUACCCUUACGAGAACGACCCGCCCAAGGUCAUUGCGUGGUCCGAGGAUGAGCUUGACGACGGCUACAUCAACGGCACCGAGUACUCUAACCCAAACAUCAUCUGCCACAAAAAUGCACUGCCUGGUGCUUUGGAAGCCCCGGUCACAGCCGGAGGCACGGUUGAGCUGCAGUGGACCGACUGGCCAUCCGACCACCACGGCCCGGUCAUUACCUACAUGGCCAAUUGCAACGGCGACUGCGCAUCAGUCGAUAAGACGAAGCUCGAGUUCUUCAAGAUCGACCAGGGCGGAUUGAUCACUGACGACCCUGUACCGGGUACAUGGGCCACAGACAAUCUCAUUGCCAAUAACAACAGCCGCACCGUCACGAUCCCCAGCAGCAUCGAGGCCGGCAACUACGUCCUGCGCCAUGAGAUCAUUGCCUUGCACUCGGCAGAGAGCAAGAACGGCGCUCAGAACUAUCCUCAAUGUCUGAACCUCAAGGUCACCGGCGGCGGCAGUGACUCGCCCAGCGGUACAUUGGGCACUGAGCUCUACAAGGACACCGAUCCGGGCAUCCUAGUCGACAUCUGGCAGUCUCUGAGCACGUACGUUAUCCCCGGCCCGGCGCUGUAUACUGCAUCUGCCGGCGGUGCGACUACUACUACGACGGCAGCCUCUGUCUCUGCAACGGCAACUGCAACUUCAACUCCUGCUGCCUCUGCCACCAUUCCGGCGCCAGGAACCUCCUCCCCAGCCGUGGGAUCUGUCACUCCUUCACCGUCAACCAGCACUCCUUUGAUUCGCCCCACUCCUAUCCGAAGCACCCCGCUGGUUCCGUCAUCGCGUCCCUCUUCCAGCCGUACCCCAGGAACCCCUGUUGCAUCCACUUCCCUGGCUGGCCCUAACCCCGGCGGCCCUGAACAUUCUGCGAGCGGAGCCUCGACUCAUCAGCCCACUCCUCCUGCUGGCGGCGAUGGGCCUACAGAGUGGAUGUCGUUCCUCAACUCGCUGAGCGCCGAACAGUUCUUAACUAUGAUGCGCGAGACGGUGAAAUGGCUCAUCACGGAUAAGAAGCAUUCGCGCGAUUUGUCUGCUUAUAAUCUGGGGAAAAUUUGA